AUGACGUUUACAAAUGAAGACCAUCUUCACGUGCACACGAAGAAGCAUGAUAUGGUACUGCAGCUUGGUUUAGAGCAGAAAGCCGCAUUCGUCGCCGAUCAAACUCCUACACCUACACGAUUCAUUAGAAACUGUGAAGAGGUUGGAUUAUUUCAAGAUUUGCAAAAUGUUAAUCCUUUUGAUGAAGGCUUCAAGAGGGCAAUGGAAACAAAACAUGGCAUUCCAUCAUUGGAUGGUGCUAAUAUUUCUUCAACGUCAGAUGAUGUCCUUCACACACCCCAUUUGGUUUUCCCACUCAUUGACUCCGGAGACUGUGCCUUAUUUAGCACUACCAACAACCAGAGGAAUAUUACAAUUAGCAGAUCAUCCAGCGAUGAAUCCGGCGCGGUCAAAGAAUACGAAACCACGACUAUAUCGAAGCUUACUAAUGAGGUGACCACAAUUAGCAGAGUGGAAAACCGCAUUGAUACCUUGACCGACGACGACUGUGUUUUAAUUGAAAAUAAUAAUAUUUCACAUACAAGCACUAGACAUUCUCCUUCAAAACAUUAUUUAGAAAGUAGGAGCGCUGCUUCAAGGCGGUACAGGGAGCGUUUAAAAGAAACUAUGAGACGACAAAGUGAAGAGAACAGACAAUUAAGAGAGGACAACAAAAGACUGACGGCAGAGAAAGCAGAGUUGAAACUUAUUAUUACAGAGCACCUUAAGAAGUGCCCUAUUGGAGAUGACUUACGAGAUAUACAAGAGAGAUUAAAGAGAGCUACUACAGGGUUA